AUGUUCAAUUUGGACGUACAAGACGACAUCUUUCACGUCACACGUGAAGGCUACUCGCAUCUGAGUGACUCAGAGUGGGAGAUAUUCGGCCGCAUGAGUGUGCUCAUGGGCUAA